CAAACACAACAGAAAGGGAGCUACACUGAGUCGGAUAUAUUCUGAUGUCUCUUCUUUGUUAACCUCAUUGAAUCCAGGUGUACUAGGUGCAGACAUGGCCGGGUUACCUCCGGGAGACCCUCAGCUGGUGUCCAUGAUCGUCAACCAUUUAAAGACUCAGGGUCUCUUCGACCAGUUCAGGAGGGAUUGUCUGGCAGACGUCGACACGAAGCCAGCUUACUUGAACCUGAAACAAAGAGUGGACAACUUUGUCUCUAAUCACCUUUCUAACCACACAUGGAGCCCUCAUCUGAACAAAAACCAGCUAAGAAACAACAUCAGACAGCUUGUGCUGCAAUCUGGGAUGCUGGAGCAGGGAGUGGACAGGAUCGUGGCCCAGACGGUGGAUCCCAAAAUCAACCACAUCUUCAGGCCACAGGUGGAGAGGGUGGUCCGUGAAUUUCUGUCACCUGGCAGCUGUGCUGAAGAGCCACCGGCCCCGCAGCCUUCAAUAGAGACCAAACCAGACAGCAGCAUUCCCGAGCAAGCCUCGUCAUCUGCUCCAGCGACCACUUCAGCCAACGACGCCAUGUCCAUCCUUGACACCAUAACCUCUCUCAACCAGGAGGCUAGCGUCAGAGCCAGCUCAGGCACAGAGAAAGGACGCAGAGGCCAAGCUUUAGACGAGCCCAUGCAGCUAGUUGAGGACAGCGAGCAGGACAUGAGUCUUGUUGAGGAAGGAGACAACCACCAUGACGGGAGGUCAAUGGAAGAGGCAGAGGAAGCAAGGCUGGCAUCAGAGGUCCAGGCAUUAGAUGUGAAGACCGAAGACACUCAGGAUCAGAUAGAAGUGGGAAAAGAGAGCUUCACAGAGGAUGUAAAGAUGGAAGAGGAAGAGUCAGGAGCUCAAGAACGCACAGAGGAGGAGAAAGACAAAGCUGCUAACAAAACAACUGGAAAACUGUCAGAGGAGAAACAGGAUGAUGAUUUACUCAAAUCCACCACUCAGGCCAAGCAGAAAGCCAGAGAGAGGAUAAAGGAAGAAUACUCUUUGGAGGACUCCGACCUGGACGGCCUGAGUGACAUUACAGUGAGUUCUGUCCACACCAGUGACCUGUCGUCAUUUGAGGAGGAAAGUGAAGAUGACGAGCUGCUGUCUGAUUCGUCUGAAGAGGGAGAGCUUCCACCAGACGGUGAGGGAUCAGAACAGAGAGAAGCCAGCGGAGACCAAGGAGAAGAAGACAAAGAGCGUAAACCCCGCCGCAAGGCCUACGUUCACAAGCCCUUCCUCUACUCACGUUACUAUAGUGACUCAGAUGAUGAAGUCACUGUGGAGGAGCGUCGUAGAUCUGCUGCAAAGGACAAAGAGGAAAGGCUGCACAAGAGACAGCAGAACAGAGAACGAAUGGAAGAGAAGCGCAAGCAGAAAGCAGCACAGGCUGAAGAACAAGAUCAGAAAAAACAAAGGAGUGGAGACUCCACUGGGCUGGAAGGUCCCAGGGCCAAAGAGGCUCGCAAGGAAAAGAAAGUUCUGGAGAAGAAAAUGGCUCUCAACAGGAAGAGGAAGCUUAACUCAAGGAAAGAGGGAGAUUAUUCAAGCAAGAAGAAAGGAGAUACAGGAGAAGGGUCUAGAAAGGCAGAAGUGAAAUCUGCAGCAUGGAAGAACCCCCAACAGAAGCUGAUGAGAAAUCUGUCAGAAUCAGUAUCGUCUGACGAAAGGCAUCGAAGGAUGAGCGGCGGCGUCUCGGAGGAUUCCAGUGACACCAAAAAGCUGUCUGACAAAGGCCGGACACACUCCUUCAUCUUGGAGUUGGAGCAAGGUUCCCAAGAAGCUCUCAGGCAACGUUCGGUUGGAAAAUUCGACCGGUCGUCCCGCAAAGAACUUCAUUCUAAAGAACGCAAAGAGAAAGAGCGCAGUUUGUCAGAUGAACGUGCCAAACUCAAACUAAAGCAGGAGAAAAAAUCCGAACAUCAGGCAGACGAAACUCAGCAGAAGGAAAGUGCUACCGGUAAAGUGUCCUCUGAAGAGAAAGGUGAGAAGAAGCCUAAGGUCAAAAGUGAGAAGAAAAUGACAGGAAGUUUAAGGGAAGGAAAACCAUCUGUGUCUGAAGGUGUUGUUGAAGAGGGUCCUAAAGAUGUUACAGCCAAGAAGAUGAAAGCUCCGUCUGUGGAGGCUGCCAAAGCAGAGAAGGACAAGGAGAAGGAAAAAGACAAAAUUAGAGAGAAGGACAAAGAGAAAGAUAAGGUCAAAGAAAAGGAAAAGGCCAAGGGAGAGAAAACUUCAGCCAAAAGUGAUUUCAAGCAGCUGCUCCGCCCUGACUCAGCUGGCUCCUCUGAGGACCGUUCUGACAUGGAGCCCGGCUCAGACGGCAGCAAGAAGAAAGAUAAACACGCCAAGGAAGUCCUGAAGAGGUCAAAGAGCCACACUGAAGACAGGCAAGGAGACAAACCCAAAUCCAAACAAGAAAGUAAAGACAUUGAGAAAGAGAAGACUAAAGCUGACCAGGAUAGCCAGAAAACAAGUAAAUCCAGCUCUGAAACUGACAAAGAUCCAAAGAGAGUCAAGCCAACAGAAAAAGGAAAAAUCGUGGACAAAUCCAAAUCGAAAUCUAAAGAAGAGACAAAGACUCCACUAUUAUCAAAGACAGAUAAGAAAGUUCAGAGUUUAGAAGUCAAAAGUACAGGAGGAGCACCUGUCAGCAAACCCGAGACAGCGAAGGAGAAGAAAAAAGAGGGAACUGUGAAGGAACAGCAGAAAGUCUCUGAAGAAGCUCUCCAAGAGAAAUCUGAGAGUAAGAGUGCAAAGAAAAAACUGGACAAGAAGGAUAAAGUCCCAGAAAAGAAAGAUGACACCCAAGAGGAGAAGAAAGCACCCAGAGAAGACAAAGUGGAAAAGUCUGAUAAGUCUUCCAAGUCUUCGGUUUCCUCUCCGAGUCUCGAAACUGAGGAGCAGCCAAAGAAACCAUCUCUAAUCCAAGACACCAGCACAGACUCUGAACCUGUCACCACCACUGUCACCACCUCUUUCUCUGACGACACCUGCGACGCACUGAGCGAUAUCACGCCUGAACCAUCUGAAGGCGAGACAGAAUCACGAGAGCUGCCAGCUGUGCCGGUCGAAGCUGAUGCUCUGCUGACUUUAAUGGACGUCUGCACCUCGGCGGACGCUAGACUUCCACCGGACGCACCUCCUGAGAUGACGCUUCAGGAUGCCGAUAUGAAGAUGAAAGAAGCGGCUCUGACUCUGCUCUCCAUGGACCCUGACAGCGCGGUGUCGUCCAGCUUUAUCGGGCAAGACGCAAAGGAAGAACCAGAGGAGACUCCGCCUGCUCCACAACCGAUGGAAACCUCUACAGCUGAAGAGAAGGAGCGGAAUCCUCCCACGAAUGUGCUGAUGGCCGCUCAGCCAUCGCCCACUGUGCCUCAAGAAACUGUUGAGCUUGCUGAUGAAAAACAAAACACUGCAGACGAUUCUGAAACCAUGGAGAGAGGAAUGGAUGAGUCAAAGGUGGAGACUUCUGGUUCGCUUGCUCCACAGGAGGCUGACACUACCUCAACUGAACAACAAUCUCCUUCAAAUGAGGAAGAAGCUAAAGAAGCAGAGAUCACUCCUGAAACACAGCCAGAUGAGGCGUUGGCACCACCUGCUGACAAAGAUGUCGCUGACGUUGUCGGAGGAAACACAGAAGAAAGCACAGAGAUUGUUGCUUCUAACACACAUGCUGCUGAACAUAUUCCAGAAUCAUCCAGUACACAAGAGCAAACUGAGCCAGAUGUUUCAGAUGCAAAGGCGCAUCCCGAGGCAGAGGAGGCAUCAGCUGAGGACAACCAGGCCAAGACAGACAUAGACAACAGUGAAGUUGAGAUUAAAGCUCAGGACGUAGAAAAUGUUGCAGAGGAGAAGAGUGAUCCACAAACUAUGGAAACCAGCACUCCAGAGAAGACAGAGGAGGUCAGAGAAAAAGAGCCACAGACUGAGUCCAAUGAGUCCAAACUGGUUAAACAAAUCAGUAACGUGUCCAGCGCAGACAGCCAGGAAGAAGAGAUGGGAUCGGAUGUGUCAGAAAAGGAAGAAAAGACGGAGGGAAGAGGAGGACGUAAACGAAGAAUGUCCAGUCAGAAAGUUGCAGCAGUGAAAGAAUCUGGUGAAGAUAAAGAUGAAAAGGAAAGUCAAGAUCAACCAUCUACUGAGGAAACCGAUCAAGAGAAUGUUGCAGAAGUCAAAACGCCGCGCAGGGGACGAUCAUCCAGAUGCACAGAAGAGGUGGAGAAGGACCAACCUCAACAACCUGAGAAGCUGGAGGAGACUCUGAGCCGCAGAGGAAGACGUUCAGGAGCAACAGCCAAAGAAAACCCUGCUGAUAAUCAGAAGAAAGAUGAGAAUAAAGAGGAGGAGAAAGCCAAAACAUUGUCUGGGAAAUCAUCAGAGAAAGAAGAGGUAUGUUAA